CUACAAGGCGUUAUAGAUGAUCAAAAUAAUCGGAAUAAGGGUGUUUGUGAUAUAAUGGUUUAAAAUGAAGGUGCACUUGAUUGAAAAGAGAUUUUCGACAGUGAGGGCUGAUGUUCUUGUCAACAGUACCAAUCAAGGCUUAGAUAUCAGCCCAUCAUUGCAAGAGGCUGCCGGUAUAGGUCUGAGAACGGAGUGCGUCCGACGUUAUCCCAACGGUAUAACGUACGGUGGUCUCGCGGUAACGGGAGGUUACGGACUGGCAUGCAAAUACGUGUUCCACAUUUCACUGCCGCCAUAUUUGUUGGUUGAUGCUCGACAGGUAACAUUCCGGACACUUAUGAAAUGCCUACACGAAGCACACAAAAGGAAGGCGGUAUCCAUUGCAUUUCCGACGCAGGGGAGGGGGUUCAGUAUGUACCCACCGGACGUUAUCUCUGACACCUACACACAAUGUGUAGCCUAUUUUGAAGCUCAGAGAAAACACAAGACCAGUAUAAAAGAUGUCUACCUAGUCGCAGGAGGAGGUAAUCCGGAACAAGGAGUUCAGAAAUUCCUGACGCAAACGGGGACUGUUAUACCUCCUCCGACAUUUUACUAUUAUAAGAAGCACCCUAAGCUGGCAUCGUCAAAGGUUUGCACGAAGGAGCUUGACUGUGGCCAUAUGUGUUGUGGGUACAGAUAUGAGGCCGAGUGUCCGCCCUGCCUGGACCCCGACUGCCGCGGGAAUGGGGAACAGAACAAGGAGGAUAUCUGUGUCAUCUGCAUGGAUAUGUUGGGUGCUUUGCCGAUCAUUCAGUCUCAAUGUGGUCACAUUUUCCACCUGAAAUGCAUCAGACAAGUUCUAAAGAAGCGCUGGGUCGGUCCAAGAAUCAACUUCAACUUCCUUCGCUGCCCGAUAUGUAGUGCAAAAUUGAAACAUCCAGCAAUACGGUCAAUGUUGCAAUCUGUGACCGGGUUAGAAGAAGACAUCACAGACAAAGCUAUGCUCAUGUUGAGGAAAGACGGUCUACUCUUUGCGGCGGAAAUCACGGACAGAGAGAGUCCGUAUUUCAACGACCGCGACAGAUACGCCUUGGAUCGGUACCAGUAUUACAUGUGCGUCGAUUGUAAGAAGCCGUUUUAUGGUGGGAUUAAAAACGGAGAAUGUGUACAUGAGGAUCGGGAAGAGGAUGCUACCUGUGAUAAAUGUACACACAGGCGUAUCCUUAAACGAAAGAAGAGACUGAAACAAGAAAAAGUAAAAACGAAGGACGUUAUUGAAAAAACAACAAAGCAAUGUCCGAAAUGCCUCGUUCGUAUAGAAAAGGAAGGAGGAUGCGAUUUUGUGUACUGCACAAAUUGCAAACAAACAUUCAUGUGGACCAAGCACUACGAUCUAAAGAGAUUAAGGCAAAAACAAGGAACCUCUGAAAAAAGAAAAGCGACUUCACGAAAUGCUGAGACGAAAAUGACUGAUUCAAGGGCACUUGAAUCUAGAAACACUGACUCAAGAGCUCUUGAAUCUAGAAACGCUGACUCAUGGAUGUCAGAAUUUAGAAAUUCUGAGUCAAGGAAUUUUGAGUCAAGGAAUACCGAAAUAAAUCAAACUGAUUCAAGGAAUGAUGAAUCGAUUACUAUUGAAUCAAAAAGAGAAGAGCCAUUGUUGAAUGACCCGGAUAACAAUGAUUAGACGAAAAUAAAUCCUCCUGAUAUUGGUGGUAAAACGAUGUCUGAAAAUGCUGACUCACAGAUGGUCGCACCCGUCUCUUACUAACCAGGACGUUUAAUACCUAUUAUGCACAAAUAUUACUAAUAUUUCCUAUUUGAUCAAGCAAGUAACGAUACAUAACAGGGUCCUCAAAUUGCUAAAUGUUGUAUCGAAAAUGGAAUUGUUCUGGACAAUCGGAUCAUUAAUAAUUGUAAAACUAAUAACAUCCCACGGUUUGGUAAAUAUAUACCCUACUGUAUAUACACAAACCAUGACUUAUAUUGUUGAUUAUAAACGAUUACAUGUGAAUGAAGAAAAAUCCAUUUUAACCUAUGUAGCCUCUCAUGGAGCACGUUGAAAAUGAGUUCUGAUAAAUGAUUACAAGUAAAUAAGUGCUUUUAAAAGACUGCAGAACUUACAAUGUCGGCAUCCCUCACGAUGUAACGCUUUGUUAUUGAGCGUUUUGCAAUGGUUUGAAAAUACCAUUACAAAUUAACCGAUUGCUGUACACGUUGAAACGCAUAGGAAUUACGAAUAGAAGUUAUUUGUGUGUAAAUAAGAGUAGGCAAGUCAGGUAGAAGUUAUUUUCCUUUGUUCUAAGCAUAUAUGUAUGAAUCUAAUAUUGAACGAUCUUGAAUACUCUUAGUAUGACUAGCACUUUUGUAAAGUGUAUUUCAUCUACACAAAACAUGUU